GUCGAUGCCUUCGUACCCCCUGGGCGUGAAUCACUCACUCACAUUGGUGCUGUGGUUCAUGGACGCAAGCUCCAUCAAAGGGAUGAUGCGUCUUCUUCCAAUUCCACAUGUCUUCUUCUACUAGACUUGCAACGAGUGAUGCGAUUGCAGUCCACUUCAAUCCCAGCUGUACCAGUCGUUCAGCUCAUGUAUAUAUAUCUAGGACUGUGGUGUCGUUGUUGGUCGGGUCUGGUCUGAUCUGGCCUCCAUCAUCACUCGACAACCAACACCGACCCCCUUCCAGCAACUAACAAGAGCUCGUGCACUUUCCACCAUCCCAGAGCUCCUUAAGAUCUUUCCCGCCCCUCCAAGAAGUAACUCGAGUCAAUAUGUCUGGUUCAAGCUCCAACCAGCGUCCCACUUACAGCUACCCCCAGUCAACCUAUAGCGGUUCUGCAAACACCAGUGGGCGGCCGCGUGACACUCCGACCUAUCAAACACCCUACACCACGUAUAGAUCCUCGUCCACAUCGGAUCCCAUGGAGAGAUUCUGGGUUACGGGGCAGGGAACAGACAGGCCGGGCCGUGCGGCUGCUGAACUGGCCAAGUUUGAACAGCGAUUUGGUUCUUCCAGUCGUCGGUGA